GCCACACAUCACUCACCUAGACUCUACUGAGACAUGAUCAUGGCCAUGUGGUGCUGGCUGCUGUGUGCGGUUCUGCUGGUCCUGCCCGGCCAGGCUGGGGGGGAGGAGCCCUUUCCCAACCCCUCGGACCAGAGCCUCUUCUGGGGAGCGGACCAGUACGACUUCUCCAUCGUGGUCCCCGCGGCUGGCCUGGAGUGCUUCUGGCAUUUCGCUCAUCAUGGGGAGCGGUUCUACCUGACGUUCAUGGUCCAGUGGGUGACAGGUGUUGGCCAUGACAGACACCUUUCAGUCACUGUCAAUGCUCCCAGCAGCCUGAUUGUGGGUCAAGCUGAUGACGCUCAGGGUCAGAUCAGCUUUGCAGCUGAAGAAACAGGUUUCUAUCAAAUGUGCUUCAGCAACUUCCACAACCGUUUUGGCAGCAUGCAGGUGUUCCUGGACUUUGGUGUGUACUAUGAGGGCCAGACAAAGAAGGAAGAGGAGGCCAAGACCAAGGAAGAGCACAGCAGAGACUUGAACAGCACGCUGUCUUCUAUUGUGGGGACCUCCCACCGGGUGGAGAACUAUGUCUUCCACAUGUUCCGGCACUACAACUUUGGCCGGAUGAGAAGAGGAAAAGACUUCUACCUCCUGCUGUCGAACAACACGUACGUGACCUGGUGGUCUGCAGCGCAGAGUGUGGUCAUCGUCCUGGCAGGCUACCUGCAGCUGCUGUUCCUCAAGAGGCUGUUCCACACCAAGAACACCACGGAGACAGAGAAACCCCGAUGCUGAGGCCUGACUGGGACCCAGUCAGGUUCCACCCCCAGAGAGAUGAUAAGGAGUUCCCCUCUAGACAGAUUCACUACCCAGAGCUGAUAUUGGCUAAUUGGUUUUGUUGCUUUUCUUUUAGUACCAUUAAUACUGUAGUACAAUAAUUGAAAUUCAAUAAAAUAUCAUACUU